CUUCCUGGUAUCGCCGGAAGUGACGCGGGGUGAGUGGGUGAUUGGUCGCUGUGGGUUGUUGUUUUUGUUGUUGUUGUUUCGCUUCCUGCCCGGAUCCUCCCUCUCCCUCUCUCUGUCUCUCUCCCUGGCUGCCUCGCUGCUCCCGGGAUGUGCCGCUCUCCGACAUGGAGACUAAACGCGUGGAGGUUCCUGACGGAGUGCUGGAUGACCUGUGCAGGUAACAAUGGCAGGGCUGCUCUCUGGCUGCUGAAUGCUGGGGGUGCUGGGAGUUGCAUUCCUCUCCAAACUCUGUCCCAGCUCUGUGCUGAUGUAUAUGUCAAGGUAUUUGAUUUCUAGAUUGCAGAUAGUGUGCCAUACCAUGUCAGGGGACUGGGGUGUACCUGGCAUGGCACAACUGGGUCAUAAAAUGAGAAGUAUUGAAUUCCAUCUAUUCACUGUGCUAGAAUUGUUUGCAAAAUAAUAAAUAUUAAGAGUGUCUCGUGUUAAUUAAUCUGUAGCUGUCAUGGUACACACAAACCAUCAUAUAAGAACACUCCAGAGUUAUAAAUACAGUUUAUUAUUGUAAAGUACAUUUAGCUUACUGUCUGCAAUACCCCUUUGGUGUAAAAUAACAAUAAUACUUAGCUGUAAACCAGUCGUGUGAAGGUCACUGCUCAGAAGUACUAAUAAUAAAUAAUUGUGUAAAGUGCUAAGGGCGCAAUGGGUACUUUGUGGAAAAAAACCAAAAACUUUUAACAGAGUGCAGUAACCCAAUAGAACUUGGUAACUACAAAAGUAUAAUGGAAAAUACAUAAAAAGGGUGCGCAGUAAACUUUCCAACAGUGUAAAAAAUACAAUAAAAGAAGAGCAAUGCAAUAAACUUAAGUGUAAAUAAAGAAAAAAGUGUUAUUCAAUAAAUAGUACUAAACAUGCUUGGUAAUACUUAUGCAGAAUUGGUUCUUUCAACCUAAAACAAAAGAUAUAAAGAAGACUAAUAGUGCAGAUAAGUAAAAUAAACAAAUUGAAGUGUGUGUAUAUAUUACACAAUAAAAGAGGUUAGAAAACAAAUACUUAUUCACUGUUGUACAGUGAAUCUGACAUGACAGAGUCACAAGAAUUUGAGUAAACCAAGAAAGAACAUUCAGUAGUCUAGAGUUAUAGCUCAGUGAUGUAACCAUAUGGUAACCCCAUACCAUUUGGAUAUAGCAAUAUUUUAAUCAUGGAUAUGUAAGAAUGCAUGUGUGCUCCUUUACCAGCAAAUUCUGCUGGUAAUCUGUAGUUUUUUAACAAUAUCUUUCCUUCUGGGUACUUUUUUCUUCUUCAAUGUAACAAAAUGAAAGAUUUAUAGUGCAAGAUGUUUUAAUUUAUGCAAAAAACUUUGCAUUUUACAGACAAAAAAAUGAUAACUUUGUUGCCAUUUGCUUCAAGUCAGUUUAUUGUUCUUUUGGAGAAAACUUUAGUUUUUAUAUGAAUUCCCUGCUGAAUGGACAUUAUUGCUGUUACUAAUAUUUCCAUUUUCUCUUGCCAGCCGAUUUAUUUUACACAUUCCCAGUGAGGAGCGAGACAAUGCUAUAAGAGUGUGCUUUCAGAUUGAACUUGCUCAUUGGUUUUACUUGGACUUCUGGAUGCAGAACUUUCCAGGCCUGCCUCAGUGUGGGAUAAGAGACUUUGCUAAAGCAGAUAUCCUUUUAUUUACACAUUCGAAUUGCUGAAAUAUUUUUCAGUGAAUAGUUAGGAACUUGGCUUAUCUUGCUCUUUAGUGCCAGUUUAGAAACCGCUAUUUCCUUUACAGAAACCGUAUGUAACCUUAUAACUAUAAAGAUUCUAAUCCAGUAUAGUUAAAAAUACAAUACUCACGACGCCGAGAACGAGUAUCAGGACUGAGUCUCAGAAAUUUUCUGUAUCUAUUCUAACGUGCAACAGAACAACUUCAUACUCGAUACAAUUUGUAACUAAGUACCCUUUCUGUGUAUCAUAACUUGAAAGACUGAAUGCACUACCUGAUCCAUGUUAUGUAUUUUUUCUUUUUUACUCAAAAAAGUAUUGUAUUUUUAACUAUACUGGAUUAGAAUCUUUAUAGUUAUAAGGUUACAUACUUUUAAAACCCUUUUAAGUGUUCUUCUAAAAUUCUGCAUAUCGGUGAAGUAGUGUGCUUAAUAGCUGUGACCAAAUAAGGCUGGAUUUAAGAUGGACAUUUAAGGAUCAUUUUACCUUUUGAGUAUAUUAUCAAAGAGAGACUUUACCCUAUAUUGUAUAGCUUGGAGGAAAGACGAGACAGUGGGGAUAUGAUAGAAACAUUUAAAUACAUAAAGGGAAUCAACACAGUAAAGGAGGAGACCAUAUUUAAAAUAAGAAAAACUACCACAACAAGAGGACUUAGUCUUGUAUUAGAGGGGCAAAGGUUUAAAAAUAUCAGGAAGUAUUACUUUACUGAGAAGGUAGUGGAUGCAUGGAAUAGCCUUCCAGCUGAAGAUACGUGGAUGGCUUCAAUAGAUCAAUAAACACCAACUUUUGAGAACUAGCUAUAUGCUUAUUAUUUUGUUUGUGAAAGUUGAAGCUCAAGUGAAUUAGUGCAGUCAGAUUGUGAAAUGUUUGACAUAAACAUGCAUAAUAUUGAAAAAGAUGUUAUUGUUUUAUAUUGUAUGACCGACCGUGGAACUUUGUAAAAUAAGGUCACAUUAAAAUCCCUUCUUAUACAUGGAACCAAUGCCGUGUAUUCAAGAGGACAUUUUUUCAAAAAAAGUAAUUGUAUAUAUGUCAGAUGCACUUAACAUUACUGAAAUAUACUCACCAUAGUAUUUUUUUAUUGGAGAUACUUGAGCAAAAGUUGUCAGCUCAUUAAUUUAUGUAUUUAUUUGUCUGUAUGGCCAUCAGCUAGAUUUCUGUUUAUUUCCUUUACGUCAUAUGUACUAUUCCAGCAUUGUCCUUUUUUACUUCCCAAUGGUGAAGAUGUACAAAGGGUUUUGGAUGAGUGGAAGGAAUACAAAAUGGGAGUUCCAACCUAUGGUGCCAUUAUUCUAGAUGAGAGCCAUGAAAAUGUAAGUGAUCUCAAUCGGUAAGUUUUAUUGUUUAUUAAUAAUAAUAGUAGUGAUAGUAGUCACAUUAAAAGAUAAGAUCAUCUCUUCCACAGCCCAUGUACCCAAGAGAUAGCCUGCAGGUUUUCUUUGACAGCUAGAUAAAGAGGCUUGCUAUAGUUAGUUACUCUCAUAUGACUAAGCCAUACCUCAUCAUAAACCCAUAAAUCAGCCAUAACCAAGUAUAUCUGUUAUAUCCAGUUGCUACAUUUAAUUGACGUGUGUUUCUACAGCAUAUGUUGUUGGCAUGAGACCACUUGUCAACUAUGUGUUCUCUAUGUGAUGUUUAUAUCUGGUAUGCCUGAGUCCAAUAUACAGUUUCUCCUUUCCUCAUGGGGGGUGCAGUGUUUUGGAAAUCAUCAAGCAUGCUUGGUAGGAUUAAGACAUCAUUGAAGUCUGCUAAAUGUAUGUCUGCUAUGUUCUGCAACCUGAGCUUGUGCAUUCAGGCUUAAAUCCCUGGAUGGUGUAGUCCAUCUGUAAGUAUUAGGCUAUCCGCCUUUCUUUCCUAACUGAUAACUGAUCCAAGUUUGCACAGGAGAUCCACAAAUCGAUUAAACAAAUAUCACUUAAAUUUAAAAACUUAUGACACCAAUACAAAAUAAAACCACACUAUAUAUUAUGAUAUGUAUGCCCUGGGUAUAUACUUUUCUAUAUCCUACACAUGUCAACUGAUUUACUCAAUAACCAGCGACCCUAAUGACUGAAGAGCUGAGUGAUCCUGACUGAAUUUAAGGGAACCUGUUUACUGCUAUUUACUUCUCCCUUGACCCCACCCUUCUUGUUUUUUUGUUUUUUUUCCUCUUCCUCUGUUUUUCGUGCUUUUUGAUCUUGAAAUACCAGUUUUCUCAUACUUAUGUAUGAUAUACCUCUCUGGUUUCCUUAAUUAUAUUACUAAGUUUAGCACUGUCUGUGUACCAUGUGAAUAAUUUCAAAUAAACUCUAAUUGCACCCACAUCAACAUGAUCCAGAAAUAAAUGACACAUGUGGCCACUCUUGAGACCUAUUAAACUAUUGCCUAUCCCGGUUGACAUGUUGCAUUUUUUUUUUAUAUAUAAUCUACAGUUGUGCUCAAAAGUUUGUAUACCCUGGCAGAAAUUGUGAAUUUUUGGCAUUGGUUUUGAAAAUGACUGAUCAUGCAAAAAUAUGUUUGUUUGUUUUUUUGUUUUUUUUUGUUUUUUUUUUAUUGAAGGGUAGUGAUCAUAUGGAGCCAUUUAUUACCACAUAGUUGUUUGGUUCCUUUUAAAUCAUAAUGAUAACAGAAAUCACCCAAAUGGCCCUGAUCAAAAGUUUACAUACCCUUGAAUGUUUUGCCUUGUUACAGACACAUGAGGUGACACACACAGGUUAAAAUGGCACUUAAAGUGACACUAUAGUAAGCAAAACAAAUACAGCUUAUUGUAUUUGUUCUGGUGAGUAGAAUCAUUCCCUUCAGGCUUUUUGCAGUAAACACUGUCUUUUCAGAGAAAAAGCAGUGUUUACCUUACAGCCUAGGGAUAACUCCACUGGCCACUCCUCAUAUGGCUAGAGGUGCUUCCUGUAGCAGUGCUGCACACUGUGAAGCAUUGACAUACAGUGUCUCCAUCCUCUGCAUGCAGACACUGAACUUUUCUCAUAGAGAUGUAUUGAUUUAAUUAAUCUCUCUGAGGAGAUGCUGAUUGGCCAGGGCUGUGUUUGACUUUAGCUGGCUCUGCCCCUGAUCUUCCUCAUUGACCGUCUCAACCAAUCCUUUGGGGAAGCAUUGUGAUUGGCUCAAACCACCAUUUCUGAUGAUGUCAGAGGCUGCAGGUCUAGAUGGUAGUUUUAACACUAUAGUGUCACAAAUACAUGUUUGUGUUCCUCACCCUAUAGUGUUCCUUUAACCCCUGAGUGACCAGACCAUUUUUCAGUUUUCUUACCAUUAAGGACCAGGGCUGUUUUUACAUUUCUGCUGCUUGUGUUUAGCUGUAAUUUUUCUUCUUACUCAUUUACUGUACCCACACAUAUUAUAUAAAGUUUUUCUUGCCAUUAAAUGGUCUUUCUAAAGAUACCAUAAUUUUCAUCAUAUCAUAUAAUUUACUAUAAACAAUAAUAAAAUAUGAUGAAAAAAUUUCAAAAAACACUUUUUCUAACUUUGACCCCCAAAAUCUGUAACGCAUCCACAACCUCCAAAAAACACCCGUGCUAAGUAGUUUAAAAUUUUUAUCCUGAGUUUAGAAAUACCCAAUGUUAACAUGUUCUCAGCUUUUUUUGCAAGUUCUAGGGCUCUAAGUACAAGUAAGACAUUGCUGUUUCAAAAUAUAUUUUAAAUUUUUUUAUCAAUAGUGACAUUGUAACCCUGUUAUCUGGCAUAAAUCUCUGAAUCACACCACACAUGUACAUAUUUUAUUUUAUUUUUUUAAACAUUCUUUAUUUAGUUUCACUUUUUCAGAAGCAUAUUGCAACCGUGGUGUAUACAUUUGUCUUAUGAUAUAACAUGUUUGACAUUGUUAUGUGACUGGACCUUUUGUCUAGCUGGCUUCCAGCUUUGCUGUUGCAUUAGUUGGAUGUUGAUAGGUCGCAAAGUGGUAAAUCCAUAAGAUACCACGUCCCAGCCACGACAAAGACAAGUCCCUCCAUCUCUGCAGGUCUUCCGUGAUUUUCUGGAUCAGCGGUGAGUAGUUUAGUGCGUAUGUGCGCUGUAGUUCCGCUGGUAGUGUGAUCCCUAGGUACGAGAUGUGUGAGGUCUUAUAAUUGAAAGCAUAUGUGUUCCGUAGUGUCUGUCUUUGAUUGUCUGGUAUUGUCAGCAUGAGUGCUUCAGUUUUAUCGAAAUUUAAUUUGUAUCCCGAUACCUCUGAGUAGUCGUCUAUGAGUUUGAGGAGAGGUGGGAGUGCGUUCUGCGGGUCUGUGAGUGACAGCAUCAGGUCAUCGGCGUAUGCCGCCGCCUUAUAUGUUUGUGUGCGGAUUUUGAUGCCUGUGAUCUGGGGAGUGGUGCGGAUAAGAUGCAGUAGCGGUUCAAGUGAGAGGGCAAACAGGAUGGGGGAUAGGGGACAGCCCUGCCUCGUGCCAUUAUAGAUGGAGAACGAGGGGGGGUUCGUGUUUGGUAUGAGUAGGUUGGCAGUAGGAUUAGAAUAGAUCAUUCGCAGGGCGUCUUGGAAUGGUUUGGGGAAUCUGAGUUUCUCCAGAGUGGCGAAGAGAAAUGGCCAUAGUAACCUAUCAAAUGCCUUUUCGGCGUCCAGGGAUAGGAGUAGCGUUGGAAUGGAGCGCUGGGUGGCCACCCAGAUCAGGUCUAGCAUCCUCCUGGUAUUGUCACUAGCUUGGCGAGUGGGGAUGAAGCCCACCUGGUCCGGAUGAAUUAAUGAUGUGAUAUGUGGUAGCAGCCUAUUGGAGAGUAUUUUCGUGAACAGUUUGAUAUCUACAUUCAAUAGGGAUAUUGGCCGAUAGUGGCCUGGGUCUGAGAGGGGUUUGUUGGGUUUGGGUAGAAGGCAAAUGUUGGCUUGCAGCAUGUCUUUGGGGAGCGGGUUUCCCUGCAGCAGGGUGUUGUAUAGUUGUACUAGGUGGGGCAGGAGAGUGUCCCGGAAUGUUUUGUAAUAGAUGCCCGGAUAUCCGUCCGGUCCUGGGCUUUUGUUGGGUUUGGUGGCCCCUAUCGCCGUCGCUACUUCCUGCUCAGUGAUCUCCAUGGAGAGUUGAGUGACCGCGCUAUCUGAUAGUGUGGGCAGGUGGGUUCGGUCCAAAAAGGUUUGGAUACGGUCCUGUAGGGUGGCGGUCCGUUGCCUAUGGUUGGGGGAGUGGUCAUAUAGGUCUGCAAAGUAGUGUUGGAAUACCUCCGCGAUUUUGGUAGGUGCCUCUGUGUCAUGGCCCGAUGGUGUGCGUAUGCGUGUUAUCUGCUUGGCCUGGAUGCGCUUGCGCAGCCUGCAGGCCAGGAGUGUAUCGGCUUUAUUGGACUUUUCGUAGAACUUUUGUUUUGUCCAUUGUAGAGCCUUGGUGGCGUCCACCGCCAUUGCAUUGUGGAGGGCCUGUCGUUGGUGUUGGAGUUGUGUAGUGAGGUCCGGGGUGGGGGUGGCUUUAUGUAGGGAUUCAAGGUCCCUGAUGGUCGCUAGUAUUUUCUCUAUGUGGGCGAGGCGUCUUUUUUUGUGUGCUGUGGCUAAGCUAAUAAGGGUACCCCUGAUCCCCGUUUUGUGAGCAGCCCAUAUGAUUGCGUUGGAUUGUACUGUAUCCUUAUUUGUGUUGAAGUAAUGUUUGAGUUCUGUUGUGAUUUGUUGUACCGUUUGUGGGUCGUUGAGUAGUAUCGGGUUAAGUCUCCAGGACCAGGGUCUGGAGAUUCGUGGGGGCUGGAACGAUAUCGCUACCUCAGCGUGGUCGGACCACGUUAUAUUGCCUAUGGAGGUCGUUGUUAUGAGCGGAAGCAGCGACGGGGAAACCAAGAAGUAGUCUAUACGUGAGUAGGUUUGAUGUGGGUGGGAAUAAAAGGUGUAGUCUAGUGUGGAGGGAUGUUGCAGUCUCCAUACAUCUAUCAGUUUGGUAGUGGAAAUGAAGUCUGCCAUGAAUUUGUCAUUUCUGGUCGGUGCUGGGGUCUGUGGUGGUCGUUUGAGUCUAUCUACCUGUGGCUCGAUCGCGGCGUUGAAAUCCCCGCCUAUAAUCUGGUGGUAGUUGGGGUGUAAGCUGAGAUGUGCUUGUAGAGUAGGCCAGAAUCCCGGGUCUGGGGUUGUGGGGCCAUAGACAGAGGUGAUCGCAUAUUUGGUCGGGCCUAUUGUGCCCGCCACCGUAAGGAAGCGGCCGUUGGGGUCCCUGUGUGUGGUGGCAAUCUGGAGGGGGCAGGUUUUCCUUAGGAGAAUCGCCACUCCAUUGUGUUUGCCUGAGUUGGAGUUGGCGAAGUAGCAAGCCCGGAAGUGGCGGCUCAGGAGAGGGAAAGGGCGUGUGUCUGCAUAGUGUGUCUCCUGUAGUAGGAGUAUAUCCGCUUUGCUGCGAUUUGCCCAUCUCAUGAGUCGGUGUCGUUUGGCGGGGUUAUUCAGCCCUUUGCAGUUGAUUGAGAUGCACGUCAGGCUAGCUGUCAUGGUUGUGUGGUGGAGCGUGUUUCGCUAUUAUCUCCCCCCAGUGGUAGACGGUGUCCCGUGUGUCUAAAUGUUGAGUCCGUCAUGUUUCUUCCUGCUGAGACCAAUUUAAACCAUUGAACUAAGAUUAACAUAUAAAACCAUAUAAUACAGAAAAAACAGAAAAAAUAAAUGCCUGGUCUUAUGGUUUGCGCCAGGCCAAAUGGAGUGGGGUGUGUGGAGUCUUCCCCACCUGGGUGGGUCUCGUGACCCCCGUACUGUGCUGAGUGGUGCAUUGCACAGUGCGGUCUCCGUGUGCUUCCCGCUCUGGGCAUAGACGGGCUGUGCUCAGUGCCCCAGGGUGGGUUCACUCUGGGCCUUCUCUAUCGGGUCUAGUGGGUAUGUGCUGAUGGCCCAACACGGCUGUGUUGGGUUUGGCGAUUCCUGGGGGAACCACUAGGGCUUCCUGUCUCAUGUAGUAAGAAUCGCCAGUGGUACGUACCUCCCCCUUGCCUCCCCCCCGUCUUUCCCAUCCCUUGUAGUCCUCCUCUCCUUUCCCCCUUUUUGUCUGCAGAUGCUCUAGUCCCUUGCCCCCCCCUUUUUCCCCCGCUUUAGGCCCUUUUCAGCGCCCUGUAGUGGUGUCCCCGUAUCUGUUUUGUGUCCCCUUAGACCUUAGUACCCCCUGGCUAAAGUAGCACCAUAAAACUCAGUGUAAAAGGAUAUGGUGGUGUGCGUUCCCGCACUCAGAAGUAGAUCAAAAAGUCUGGAAGUCCCUUCAAGUCUCUUGGGAUAGUCUCUGCAUGUGAGUGGUUGAGUCCAUGGUGGACUGGUUCCAUGCAAUUCAGGUGUCCCGGUCGCGAGUCUGCAACGAUGUCUGCUGCUGGCGCUUGGGUGGUCGGUUCCGGGGUGUCCGAAGUUUUUCCCAGAGUGGCGUCCUUUGUGGUCUGGCGUUGUCCCCUGGCUUUCUGGAUUGCGCUCGUGCUUCGGGUAGGCUGAUGCCCAGUGCGGCAGCGAAGGGCGCCAUUUUUGAGGUGUCUUGCAGGACAUGGGUGCUAUCAUGUUGGCGGACUAGUAGCUUGAAGGGGUGUCCCCAUCGGUACGGUAUGUUGGCUUGUGCCAGUGCGCUGGUUAGGGGUUUGAGCUCUCUGCGUUUCAUUAAUGUGGUAGGUGAGACAUCUUGGUAAAACUGGAGAGUGAUGGCGUCAAAUUUUGGCGGAGUUUUUCGUGUGGCCGCCAUGAUGGCUUCUUUAAAAGUAAAGUAGUGAAGGCGUACUAUUACGUCUCGGCGCGCCAUUUGGUUUUGGCUAGGGGGUUUGAGGGCUCUGUGCGCCCGGUCUAUGGCGAGGUCUUGUGGCGUUGCCUCAGGAAGGAUUGUAAGAAACAAUUCACGCAGCGUGGAGAGCAGCAUAUCAGGCGUGACUGUUUCGGGGAGGCCCCUAAUCCUUAUGUUGUUACGCCUAGAGCGAUUAUUUAGGUCUUCCAUACCUGUCUCUAAUUCUUCCACUUUGUUCCUCAGUGUAGUGAGCUCAGCUUGGUGCAUAUUGAGGUUUUCAAGGAGUUCAUCUGCCCUCUGCUCCACCUGUCCUGUCCUCUCCGCCAGGUCAGCCUUCAGGAGUUGUAGCUGUUUUCCAAGUUCAGCUGCCAUAUGUGUCUUUAUUUCUGCUGCAGCUUCUUGCAGCAGUAGUUGCAGGUCCCUCUUGGUGAUCGGUGUGGAGGCUGAGCCUGCUGCCUCACUGCGGUCUGAGUCGGAUGCAGAGUCUUUCCGCCGUUGUGGGGAAGAUGGCGUCUGGCCUCGUGGUUGCCGGAACAGAGGGGCCACGGAUGACGGCUGCUCGUUCUUUUUCCGCUCCCCCCCCCCCCAUGUCCGCUGGUGGCUGUGGGUAUUCCGGGAUGUGGACUGCGUCUCUGGGGGUCCGUGCACCGAGUGCGGCUGGAUUUGUGGCUGUUUGAAUAUGCCCGUCGGCGGGAGCGUUCGCGCUAUGCGGCCAUCACAGCUCGCGGUCAGGCUCCACCCCCCACAUAUUUUUUUUUAAAGUGGACAACCCAGGGUAUUCAAUAUGGGGUAUGUCCAGUCAAAGUUAGCAUUUAUGUUUGUUUGUGUGUUAAAAAUGCAAAAGAAACCAAAACGCUAAGUUUGGCAAGUGUUUGUUACUAAGUGGCUACUAAAAAAGACUGAACAUACCCCAUUUUCAAUACCUUGGGUUGUAUUCUUUUGCAAAUGGUAUGCUAUCAUGGGGGUAAUUCUCAUUCGUGGGCAACCAUACAUUACUUUAAAGGCAACAUAACCAUUUUAUUUUAUUUUAUUUAUUUUUUUAUUUUUAUUUAUAUAUAGAUACAUAUAUGUAUUUAUAACGUCAAGUCUUGCCAUAUGAACACAUAUUCACAGGGUAUUUACCACUGGAUUAUAUUUAUUUGCACACAUAUUCACAGGGUAUUUACCACUGGAUUAUAUUUAUUUGCACACAUAUUCACAGGGUAUUUACCACUGGAUUAUAUUUAUUUGCACACAUAUUCACAGGGUAUUUACCACUGGAUUAUAUUUAUUUGCACACAUAUUCACAGGGUAUUUACCACUGGAUUAUAUUUAUUUGCACUUUAAUAAUAUACAUAUACUGUAUUUGCACUUUAUUCACUACAGUUGGACCAUUAUUGAUUUACAUAUUGUUCAUAUUGUUAUAUUAGCACUUAAAGGCACAGCGCACUUUUGUUCUUUUUUUGUAUUCUAUUUGAGUGGUUUUAGAGCUAUUUCACUUUUAUUAGUGCUUGCUAGCCUUUGUGAGUGUUAUUAUUUUUUUUUUUUAUUGAUUUUAUAGCGCCAUUUUUACUUGAUAGUUUUAUAUUUUCUGUCAUUAUAAAUGUAUUUUUAUUUAAAUAUAUAAGUAUAUUAAUAUCAAAACACAGUUCGAACAAAUUUUAAACUGGCUUAAUUAUUAAUUUUUUUUUCCUUUUUUUUAAAAAAAAAACGUAUUUUUAUUACACUUAAAAUAACGUAUUAAAUACACUUAAAAUAAUGGAAUGUGUAUGUGCAUAUAAAAAUACAUAUAUGAUCUAAGUACUUUUAUUUAUUUUAUUACACUUUUUAACAACUUUUAUUAAGUUUUCAAACUUUUGCAGGCAUGAGGGGGACAGCCUGAGUGCUCAGGUAUUCCCCCUGCAAGCACUGCACAAGCCGACAUAUUGCACGUUUACCUGGUGUUUGUGCUUCAUGUUUUGCGUGAGAAUACUGGAUUGCAUAAAGGUCACCUAAGUAUAUCUUUCAAUUGUGGUAUUUGCACUUAUUGGUGUGUAUAGGGGCUUAUUGUUAUCUUCUAUUUUGCACUCCACUUGUAUAUCUAUUAUCUAUUCUUAUUUAGUGGAUAACCAUGAUUGUGUGUGUUUUCUGUAGCAGUGCAGACUGCUUCUUCCAGCCAGUGCUGGGAAAUGUAUCAAAUUGUUGCAGUUGUAACGAUUGGAAACGCUCCGCUAUAGUACAGGCAAAAGAGAGAGCCUCCCUCUAUUCAGUGCCAGUCCUGCAAGUGUCUGAUGGGGAGAUCUUUCCUGUCAUUUUCAGCCACACAACAGGAGAAUGGGCUGGCCAUGCCACCCUACUUCUGCCUGCCGGUGGCCUUGUGGCGAAUCCGGCCCUGGUAGCCGUUUUAUAAAGGCAUCAAAGAAGCCCGGGGGACUUUUGCCCGCUUGGCUCAGUCCUCCCCUGUUGUGUAGUUAAUAUACGUCUAACCUCUGUUCGUACUCCUACCUCUGAUGCUCACAUUAAAGACUUCUCUAGGGCUGCACCAUUCCUAUGGAAUGCCCUUCCCCUCUCUUAGACUUUCACCCAAUCUCCACUCCUUCAAAAAAAUCUUUGAAAACUUACUCCUUUAGGAAAGCAUAUCAACUAAACUGAACAGCUUUCCCUCCCCGCAACCUGAUUACUCUCCUGAAACUGUCAUCAAAACAAAACGCUAAACCCUUAAUGAACACUAUCCUAGCAACCUACUUUUCUUCCCUUACCUUUUGUGUCAUAUUACACCACUCCCUCUAGCAUGUAAGCUCAUUGAGCAAUGCCCUCAAUCCCUCUGUUUCUGUGUGCCCAACUUGUCUGGUUACAAAUACGCGUCUGUUAGUCCACCCAUUGUAAAGCGCUACAAUAUUGAGGUGUGUUUUUUUUUUUUGAAUGUGUUUUUUCCUUUUUUGAAUUUUUUUUUUUUUUUUUUAAUUUCCACUCCUCCUUAGGAUCUCUUGGAUGAUGGCAGCAACAGAAAAGAACAAUUGAAUCAUAGCACAUUAUAGAUAGAUAAUUGGCAUUAUUCACUAAAUUGAGAAUUGUGGAGAAUAAAUAAGGGAGUUGCAAAUUGUAAUUGGCUAUUUUGUCUCCAAAGUUGUAAUUCCUUUACCAACAGCCAAUUUUGCAUAUAACCCUGUGUACAGCAGUACAGGGGAAGUUUAGAGCUGUUUCUGAAGUGAAUGUGGUGACUUAUCAAUGUAUUUUGCAUUAUUUAGCCAAUUUAAGUUCCAAUGUGGUGCUUUUAGUAUAUUUAGUACUGCUAAGUAUAGUCAUUGUCUUUUUUUUGUUGAUAAUUUUCUUUUCUCCCCAGGUGCUACUUGUUCAAGGCUAUCUAGCCAAGUCAGGAUGGGGGUUUCCCAAAGGAAAAGUUAAUAAAGAAGAAGCACCUCAUGACUGUGCUGCCAGAGAGGUACGCUCUGAUUAAUUACCAUUUGUGAUAACUAAUGUGGUUACCUUGUCAGCAGUUGUUCUCCAUGUUAUGCAGUUCCGUGCUCAGGAACAACUUAAUAUUUUCGUUUUAAUGUUUAGUAAGUGAUAGCUGCAUGUAGACAACACCCUGUUUGAGAGACUUUUACCAGUUACAGUUAACCUUUAGCUGCCCUACUGUCAGUGCUAGCACCUAUGAAAUGUACAAAAACUGUAUAGGAAUAUAGCCUUAAAACUUUCAACUCAUGGGCUCCUUUCCCCAAGUCUUGCCAUAUGAACACCCUUUUGAUGAACCAACUCAUAAAAUACGAGUUUAGGUAUAUGUUUGAUAAUACUUCACGAACGUUGUCAGAUGGCGUCCACUAGCUAGUUGUGAUCCGCAGAUUUUUUGCAGUCCACAUCCAGCUUCAGCACCUUUUUGAGUUCUUUUGAGAACAUCCUAUCAGUGUCUUUAAUAUCUUUUUAAUUGAACAUGUUACUUGUCUUUUUGUCUUCUGGUUUUUCAGGUAUUUGAAGAGACAGGUUUUGAUAUCAAGGAUCGCAUCUGUAAUAAUGACUACAUUGAACUGAAGAUCAAUGAUCAGUUAGCGCGCUUGUAUAUUAUUCCAGGAGUCCCAAAAGAUACAAAGUUUAACCCCAAAACAAGAAGAGAAAUAAGAGUAAGUUUAGCUUUUUUAUUAUUUUUAUUAAAGGUUUAAUCAGUUUUUAUUUUCCACUUCAAAAAAGAAUAAUGUAUGAAAAUAGAGUAGGAGAGAAGGAAAGAGAAAAGGAAAAUAUGAAGCAAAUCUUUAAGAACAGUGUAUAGAUUGCUGUUUAGGAAUAACUUUUUAAAAACAAAAUGAAAUUGCGUACAUUUAUGAAAGCUUUAGUUUUUCGUCUAUCUGUAUAUCUGUUGCAGACCUUUUUGCAUUUGUAAAUCUUUAAACAUUACACAGCUUGUCUUUUUUAGUCCUUCUGACAACAGUGUAGAACUAACACAAUGAAUACACGGGCGGGUUGGUAGGAGGCAUUUGGGUUUUAUGAAAAUAAAGGAACAGAAGAGUGGGUGUUUCACAUAGUAUGACAUCUACAGACCGCAGAUCAUGGCAGUGAGUAUAAACAUCUUAAUGAGCAAUGAAACCUUUAAUUUAUGUCCAUGAUAAAUUCCAUAAUACCUGCAAAAGGAAAAAUGGAAAUUGUAUGGCCUAAGGCAGGGGUCGGCAUCCUUCUGCACUCCAGAUGUUGUGGACUACAUCUCCCAUAAUGCUCGUACAGCUAUAAUGCUGGCAAGGCAUCAGGGCAGUUUUAGUCCAUAGCAUCUGGAGUGCAAAAGUUGCCUAUACCUGGCCUAAGGUAAGCAUGUCAUGAAAUGUUUACUUCAGUGAGCCUCUAGAUGGCUAAGCCUUCCUUAAGGACCACUCAGUGAAGUAGUCUCAGUGCAGUGACCAUGCAUUGUAGAACAUUGCAGUUUUGUUGAAACUGCAGUUUUAACAUACCUCCAGUGGCUAUCUUAUAGAGCAAUGCUGAGGAAGUCUUGGUGUGGGAUAAAAUGCAGGAUUGUAUUCCUAAUGCGAUAGUGUUCCUUUAACAUACUAAAUGGACAAAGUAAAUGUUAUACUUGCUGUGUCUUGCAUUUAUGUAAAUAACAUACUUACAUUAAGGUGCAAAAUAUUUUAAUUGUGAUACAAAAAAGUAAGAUGUUACAUAAAUAUUCACUCCCAUUGCUAUGAAACUACUGGAUGUAACGAAUGUACAGAAAUCCUUUCAUUAGUGGCGUGGAGUUUACCUGUAAACAAAGUGUAACUUGAUGUCAAAAUAAAUGUUCCCGUCUGUGGAAGGCACCUGGCUAGAGAUUAUAUUCAACCAAUUAAUGACAUAAUCGCAGGUAAAUCCAAAGGUCACUACUCCAUAUUAAUUCUCCUUGACCUCUCUGCUGUCUUUGACACCGUUGAUCAUGCUCUCCUCCUUCAAACUCUUCAAUCGCUCGGUCUCUGUGACUUUGUCCUCUCAUGGUUUUGCUCUUAUCUCUCCCAACGCUCAUUCAGUGUCUCCCUUUCCAAGGAUACCUCCUCCCCUCGUCCUGUGUCGGUUGGAGUUCCCCAAGGCUCUGUCCUUGGUCCCCUUCUAUUUUCUCUUUAUACUGCAUCUCUUGGCAAACUUAUUGCCUCUUUUGGAUUCCACUACCACCUGUACGCUGAUGACACUCAGAUAUACCUCUCCUCCCCGGACCUCUCCCCUGUCGUCCUGCAACGUGUCACUGCUUGCCUUUCCUCCAUCUCUGACUGGAUGUCCUCGCGAUUUCUGAAACUCAAUCUCUCUAAAACUGAACUCCUUGUCUUUCCUCCUCCUAAUACUGAUCCUCCUCUCUCGCUCUCCCUUCAAGUCAGUGAUAUCCACAUAAGUCCAUCCUUGCAAGCAAGCUGUCUUGGCGUCAUACUUGACUCUGGCCUCACCUUUGAGCCUCACAUCUAGUUUGGUGCCAAAUCCCGUAGAUUCCAACUUAAAAACAUAGCCCGCAUCCGCCCCUUUCUUACACAAGGUGCCAUCAAGGAGCUUGUCCAUGCUCUAGUAAUUUCCCACAUGGAUUAUUGUAACCCUCUCCUGAUUGGUCUCCCCAAAAGCCGUAUUGUCCUGCUACAGUCUGUAAUGAAUGCCGCCGCCAGACUGAUUUUCCUUUCACACCCCACCCCUCUGCCAGUCCUUACAUUGGCUCCCUGUAUCCUAUAGGAGUCAAUUCAAAGUGCUAAAGCACUGAACAAUUGUAGCCCCUCUUAUAUCUCUUCACAGAUCCAUAGGUAUGCCCCUCCUCGUACCCCCUGCUCUGCCCGUGACCACCUCCUGACCGCUGCUUGCACCCGUACGGUCAACUCGCACUUGCAUGACUUCUCGCGGGCGGCUCCUUUCCUACGGAAUAGCCUACCUACCCCCAUCAGCCUCUCCCCCUAGUCUUCAGUCCUUUAAGAAGUGCCUCAAAACUCUUUAGGAAAGCUUAUGGCCUCCCAGAGUAAACUCUACCUUGCAUACCUGUCUAUUGCUCUCUCCUAUAAGGCAGUGCUUUACUCUCUCCUUCAGCUCUGCUUCACUCCCACCCUAUUUGAUUAUUUCCUGUUCUAACAUGUCUUAUACCCCACCUCCUAUAGACUGUAAGCUCGUUUGAGCAGGGUCCUCAUCAAACUAUUGUUCCUGUAAGUUUUCUUGUAAUUGUCCUAUUUAUAGUUACAUCCCCCCUCUCAAAAUAUUGUAAAGAGCUACAGAAUCUGUUGGCGCUAUAUAAAUGGCGAUGAUGAUAAUAAUAAUAAUAAUAAUAAAAACAAACCCCACAAUUAGUCGAAGACCUAACAAAUAAAGGCUGGGAUAAAGAGAAACAGGAGAAACUCUUGUCAGUGUUGGUUAAUAGAAUAAACAUUCCAAACAUUGGAUUUUCCCUGAAACACCAAUAAAUCCAUUAUUUUUAUUUUUUAAUUUUUUUAAUUCUUUAUUUUUGUUGUGGAAGAUUUCCACGGGUUGUGGUGAUAGUAUACAAUUUCCAGUUCAAAAAGAUAUAAUGCAAACAUAUAAAGGUAUAAUACAAACAUAAGAAGCAAGCAUCAUUAUAUUUUAGUGGCAAUAAAUCCAUUAUUAAGAAAAGGAAAUAGUAUGGAACAACUGUGAUUCUGUCUGGGGAAGAAUGUUCAUCAAAACUCAGAGACCAUUGAGGAAGACAGUCAAAGAAACAACCAAAAGGUUGUUGCAGCUGAGAUGAGAAACCAUCCAUGAGAGAGCCAUAACACAGUUUCUCCACAAAGCUAGGCUUCGUGAACAUAUGGCAAGAAGUAAGCCAUCACUGAAAAAAGCAUCAUAUCAAAUUAUUUUUCAACGGGGCGUGGCCGACCACGGAGGUGAACAGUCGCAUGUCUGUGGAGCUCUGCAUCGGCCCCACAGACUAAGAGCCUUACAGAGCAGAAAUCAGCUCCAAAAACGCGCAGAUUACCUGCCACCCGACAGCCGACAACAUGGGGCGCAAACAUAGAAAGCAAACUCACACGGAGCGUCCCGCGGCACCCGAUAUCAGGCUGGCAUUUCAGAGGCCUACACAGGCGCGGCCCGCCAAGAUGGCGCCGGAACCGCAGAGUGAGUUGGAGACCUCUGACGAUUCCCAGGAAGAGAGGGACUCCCAAGCUUCCCUCCCAGGCCCCACUCCCAGGUCUGACUCGGAGGAAGAUGACUCCCCAUCAACAAAAGGGGACAUCAGAAGGCUGCUGACUGACCUAAGGCAGGUCUGGAAGGCCGACUUAAAGGAGACACAUGCAGAAAUAGGGGUCUUGCAGCAGAGAGUCCAGGAGGUGGAAAACAGAGAAAGCUCAAGAGAUCACCAACUCCAAGACACCAAACUGCAACUGGAGGGUCUUACUGAGCAGGUCCGACGCCUACAAGGAGCGGUGGUAACACUUGAAACCAGACACCGCCGACGCAACGUACGCCUCAGAGGUAUUCCUGAAACGGUGAGCGGUGAAGAAUUACUGCCCUUUGUCCGGAGACUCACCUCCUCCAUGGGCCUUGGAUGUAAAUCAGACACCCCACUGAUACUGUCCACCUUCAGGGUGCGCAAAUCGCCAGCGGCACCCGCUGGUGCCCCCAGAGACACCAUAGCCACCACCAGAGACAUAGCGGCGAGAGCUGCAAUCAUGGCCGGAUCCAGAUCAUUGGGCUCGGUAAAAUUUGAGGGAUGCGAGGUGGCCAUAUACAGUGACCUCCCUUUUGCAGUGCUUGCAGCAAGGAGACUACUAGCACCAGUCACUAAGAGACUGAGAGACCAUUCGAUCCGGUACCGAAGGGGCGCAGAGGGAUCGCUAACGGUACAAAAGGGCGCCGAUAUACUCACCCUGACCUCGGGAGACGACCCAGAGACAUUCCUCAAAAAAUUAGGCAUAUCAGCCAAUGGACACAGAAAGCAACCUGAGAAACGCAACACUUAACUAUAAUAAUAAUGAUGCUUUAUUUUUAUUUUAUUUUUAUUGUAUGCAUAUAAGCCAAUGAGGAAAGCCUCUCACUAUUCUUGCUUCCCCUAACCCAACACUCCAUGCUAUUAACCUAUAGCCCUAGAUACCUGACCCCACAUAUAUAUGGGAUAUACAGAUUGAGCCGGAAGAGUGAUGAAAUCUAGCAACCUCGAAUAUUAAGCAACCUCUUUAAGUAGAGAUCUCCGUAGAAGAGUAGAAAUGUACAAACUGUUCCCCCACCAUGCCGCAGCAAGGGUCUCUCUGAAACAAACCCCACAAUUAGUGAAUGUUACUCUGCUUGUAGCCCAACGAAAGGUUAUUUGAUCCCGUUCUACCCUAUAUAAUAACACAUAUAAUGGAAAAUUGUAUACUGUGUGUAUAAAACCUAAUAAAAUACAAAUUAAAAAAAAAUAAAAAAAUUAUUUUUCAAGUUCUCUGGUCUGACAAAAUGUCACUUUUUGGCCUCCAUAGAAACACUGUGUGACACAAAGCCAAGUCUGCUUACUACCUUGAGUGGUGGUGGUAGUAUCAGGAUACUUUUUAUUGUGGCAUUGCUUGCAGGAUGGAGCAGUAUACAAGAAUUCAAGGCUUUUUCAGUCUGCAAGAGUUGUGAAAUUGGGGUGUAGUUUCACCUUCCAGCAGAAUAGUGGCCCUAAGCACAAAGCCAAAUUUACACUGGAGAGGUUUUAAACUCUGGACCUGAAUUUCAUAGAAUUCACUUUAAAUUUCCAACAAUGCUCACUUUAGUGAAUAGCCUAGAAAGUAUUUACUGUGGGAUGAAUAUUUCUCAUAUAAGUCAGUGUAUUUUAUUUUUCUUUAUAAAUAUAAUCCGCCCUCUCCUUUAAGGGUUACUCUAACCCAGGGCUGGACAAAUCCCAGGCGCCAGGUCGCCAUGGUGAAUAUAAAUUUCGCCCUGGCGCUUGGGAUGCGGCCGCCCUGAGGAGUUUGGAGGUGGGCGGGAGCAUGGAGACGGCCGCCCUGAGAACCAUGGAGGAGGCGGCUGCAUUAUGGCCGGCGUGCGAGGAAAUGGUACUCUGCCUGUAGCUCCUCUCUGCUCCCUCGCGCUGUGUAAUGAUGCCGGGAGCCGGAAUAUGACGUCAUUCCGGCCCCGGCAUCAUUACACAGCGCAAGGGAGCAGAGAGGAGCUACAGGCAGAGUACUGCUCCUCACACACAGGAAGAGUGCAGCCCCACUGGACUCCAGGAAAGACCCUCUCAGCUCUGCCCAAGGUAGGGAGGCUGAGUGGGUUUCAAUUAAAACAAAAAUGUGUGUGAGAGAGAGUGAGCCUGUCAGAGUGUGUGUGUGAGCCUGUCAAUGUGUGUGUGUGAGAACCUGUGUGUGUGUGUGUGAGAACCUGUCAAUGUGAAUGUGUGUGUGUGUAAGCCUGUCAGUGUGUGUGUGUGAGAACCUGUCAAUGUGUGUGAGAGAGAAACUGUCAGUGUGUGUGUGAGAGAUCCUGUCAGUGUGAGAGUGUGUGUGUGUGUGUGUAAGCCUGUCAGUGUGUGUGUGUGUGUAAGCCUGUCAGUGUGUGUGUGUGUGAGAACCUGUCAAUGUGUGUGUGAGAACCUGUCAGUAUGUGUGUGUGUGUGAGAACCUGUCAAUGUGAGUGUGUGUAUGUGUGUGAGAACCUGUCAGUGUGUGUGUAAGCCUGUGUGUGUGUGAACCUGUCAGUGUCUGUAUGUAUGUGUGUGCGCGUGUGUGUGUGAACGCCUGUCAGAGUGUGUGCGUGCAAGCCUGUUGUCAGCGUAAGACUGUGUGUGUGCGAGUGAGUCUGUCAAGUGUGUGUGCGCGCGCGUCUGUCAAGAGUUUGUGCAUGCAAGCCUGUUGUCAGCGUGAGUGUGUGUGCGUUUAGGUACCUGCCCCCUCCGAUUGUUUUUACUCACCUUUUUUCUCUAUUUUCUCACGCCGUGCCAGUUUCCCCAUGGCUGAGAUGAUCAAUCUUUAUGAUCUUGGCUAAGCCAAUGCUUUCCCUUAGGAAAGCAUUCGGAGGAUUUUGUGCAUGCGCAGCAAAUGUACUAAUCCACAUCUCCUCAUAGAGAUGCAUUAAAUUAAUGAAUCUCUACGAGGAACAUUCAGCACCUCCAUGCAGAGCUUGGAGAUACUGAACCUGGGUGCUGCACGUAGUGCAGCAGUGACCCAGGACUCUCUAGUGACAGUCUGAGUGACUGUUACUAGAGGUGUUACUAAGCAGAAAUGUAAGUUCUGCCUUUUUACAGAAAAUGCCUGCGAGGACAGGCUAUAGACACCAGAACAGCUACAUCAAGCUGUAGUGGUUCUGGUGACUAUAGUGUCCCUUUAAGAAUUGCAUUUUCUCUUUGAAAAUGACUGGCUCCUAGAUUCCGGACUAAUUUUUUAAGCCCUGCUCUAACCCUUUGCCUCUAUUAGUCUGUUUAGGCUAACAAUUCCCUAUUGGGCAUUGCUGUUAGGUCCCAUUUCACUUUAAAACAUUAGAAAAAAAAAGGUUUUAAACUUACCGGCAAUCCAGCACCAGACAGAGUUUCUCCCUCCUCUGUCUGACAUCAGCAAGAAGCCUUGCAUGGUUCAACCACAGGAUUCUCAUAGAGAAGCCUGUGAUUGGACACUUUCACCGGCUUACAGCGCAUGCUUGCAGUCUGAGCUGGUGAGUGGAAUGGGGAAGGAGGAAUUUUUUUGAGGGGGGAGGGGGGAUAAUUCUGAUUUAAAAAAGAAAAGAAAAAAAAGCCAAAUAAAGCAAGGGAGAGAGCGCGUAGUGGAAGGAAAAGAAGGGAAAGCAAUCUUCCCCUUGCAGGCGCUCUGCCUACUAGGAAGAAGGUUAUUAUGUCUGUCACCAGCGUGCAGUUCGUACUGAUGACAGACCUAAAAUAUGCACAGAAUUAACAUUAGGCAAUCCGGAACAGAGUUCUGGGCUGCCUAAGUCACGUGCUCCUGGUUUGUAACAAUCCACCAGCACACAAGUACAAAUAACUCUGAAUGUGCAUUGUUUCAAACUGAAUCACAUCCAGGCUCUUACCACCAUGACUACUUCAAAUCACUGAUGUGGUGGUUGGAGUAACCCUUUAAUGAAAGAACAACAAAAACAGCUGAAAGAACCGCUCCUUUUACACUUUCAAAAACUGUGUCACUGUUAUAUUUCUACAGGCAAAUCAUAUGGGUUUUUGGGGACAUGCAAAUGCUCUUUAGAAUUAGAUUUUUUAGGUUAUUGUAAAUGACCAAUAAAAGAUUGUAUAAUAAUUCAUGUAAAUAAUGAAACUUAAAAGUUUGGCUAAUAUCUGAAAUACUUUGUUUGACAAGGGUGUUUAGUUUGUAUUACGGUGUGGUGUGUGGUUGUGUGUGUGUGUGUUGUUUUUUUUUUUUCAUAUAUUUUUUAUUUUUUUUUCUCUUUCAGAAUAUUGAAUGGUUUCCAAUUGAGAAGUUACCCUGCCAUAAAAAUGAUAUGACUCCCAAGUCAAAGCUUGGAUUGGCUCCUAACAAAUUUUUUAUGGUGAUCCCUUUCAUUAGGUAGAUAUGCAUUCAUUUUAUAGUAUUCUGCUGUGCUAUUGAUGUUAGAAAUUAAAAUCUCUCGAAAAAAUUGUUAAACCAGAAAAUUAUCCUGCAAUUAACAUAUUAGGUCUGUCUGGAAAGUAUCCAGCCUUGUAAUAUGAAAAAUAGAGACCUUUAUUGAAGAAAAUACAAGAACCAAGACACAUUGGGAUCUUACACAGUUCUCCCAGCAUCUCUUCCACUGUUCCAAACAAAAUCUAUGGAAUUACCAUCAGAUAGUCCUUCCUAUUUACCUGAAUCCUCUCUUCAUUUGCUUAAAGGACCACUAUAGUGCCAGGAAAACAUACUCGUUUUCCUGGCACUAUAGUGCCCCGAGGGUGCCCCCACCCUCAGGGACCCCCUCCCACCCGGCUCUGGAAAGGGGAAAGGGGUUUAAACUUACCUUUUUCGAGCGCUGGGCGGAGAGCUCUCCUCCUUCUCUCCUCCUCCGUUCCGCCCCGUCGGCUGAAUGCGCACGUGCGGCAAGAGCUGCGCGCGUAUUCAGCCGGUCGCAUAGGAAAGCAUUUACAAUGCUUUCCUAUGGACGCUGGCGUGCUCUCACUGUGAAAAUCACAGUGAGAAGCACGCAAGCGCCUCUAGUGGCUGUCAGUGAGACAGCCACUAAAGGCUUUGGGGGAAGGCUUAACCCAUUAAUUUCUCGGAAACUGCUAUGUUUAUUAAAAAAUGGGUUAACCCUAGCUGGAGCUGGCACCCAGACCACUUCAUUAAGCUGAAGUGGUCUUGGUGCCUAGAGUGGUCCUUUAAGUAUGGAAAUUUAAGAGGGAUAUAUUGAAACAAAACAUGUGUGGAUUAGCUGAAAUUAAAUUAGAUAAGGUAAUGCUGACUUUAGUCUCUCUAACACUGUGGCAUGUUCCCUUUUUUACAUCCACCUUUUCUCUGACUCAUAUUAUAUACCAGGAGCUUCUGCCUGCUAGUAAGGAGACAAGUGGACAUGUGAGUGCUAGGGGACAGUCCUUAGAAAGCAUGGAGCGAGCGCAUCAUUAGACACAUUUAUGCCAAGUUCAGGAUGCUGUUGGCCAGCAUGCAUGAUUGGCAGGCAGCCUGACAUGAUAUGAAUGUUUUAGUGUUUUUGGUCGAUAAGAGUCUGUACUUAGGCCUCUCAUAAUUGUCAGCGCGAGGCCCACUGGGAACUUAAUCUGGCAUUGAUUGUUCAAGCUUAAGGCAAAAUUUUAUGCAGAUUCGUUGAUCUACUCACUCAGUCAUUUUGAAUGCAAUGGCCACACAUUACACAUGCUCACUCAACAGCGUCUAGUGCUCCCACUGACUAGUACAGUGAAGUCUUCAUUGCUUGUGCAUUCCAGUCCACUCUAAUUGGCUGCCAGGUUACAUUGAUGUCGCGCAAACCAUCCUUGUUAUAUUAACAAUGGCAUGGCUUUUUCCGGACAGACCUCGUAUAUACCCUAAGAAGCCUGCUGUGGCUUAGAGACUUAAUAUCAGUAUUUUCUCUUUCCAGACCGUUACGAGACUGGCUGCACAGAAAGCUCGGUGAUUCAUCCGACAGUGAUAAUGGGCUUGCUUCAACUGGCAGCACUCCAUCCAAACCAAAUAUGGAAAAAUCCAAGUAUGCCAAUAUGCCUGAAUUUAAGAGUUGGACAAUAUUUCACAUGUUUAUGUAGCAGCAAUAUACACUGCAUAGUGCAUGCGCUAACCUGAAAUAUUUUCCAGCUUCCAAUUUGAUACCUAGCAUGCACACAGAGUUAUUUACUUUGUUUUACUUUACUGUUUUGUUCCUUAUAGACCCAAGAUGCAUUGCAUUCCUCAAUUUUCUGUGCUAUCUCAAGGAGACCAGUGGACAAAGUCCAAGCCCCAGCAAAAGCCUUCUAGUAAUUACAAUCCUGUAGAGAUGUCUGAGUUACUGAAAAUUAAGGUAAUAGACAUUGAUCUCCUCAUUAUUAUUAUUAAUUUUUCUUUCUUACUGGUGACAUGUAAGUUAAUCUCAUGGUUGCAGCCACUAAAAUGACAGUUUUCCCAUUGAUGUGCUGGCACUGAAAUCUAAUUAUCACAAAAUAGGAAAUUGUUUCCAGACUCCCUGUAAUGUUAUUUUCUGACUAAAACCGUGGCAUACUUACAUUAGUCGGUGCUGUUGGUGUUUGAACAGGAUUGUUUGUUGUUUGGUUUCCUUUUCUUGAUACACACUUGAAAUCGUGUCAGCAUGUCAAAGGUUAAUCUUUUUCAUCCAAAAUAGUUGUGAUGCCAAAAUGUAAAAUCCUAUGCAUUUUGUUUUGCGGUUGACACUAAGCACACUAAUACAAGUACUUCUUGAUAGGUUAUGUGUAAAGGUGUGUUUUAUCCGUAAUCUUAAAUGAACACUAUAGUACCAGGAAAUCAAACCCGUUUUCCUGGCACUAUAGGGUUAUUAGGUCCCCCCUCCCGCUGGGCUGUAGGGGUUAAAACCCCUUCAGCCACUUUCCUUAAUCCAGCACCGGGCUCCCUCGACGCUGAUGACCUCUCCUCCCCCUGCCGACGUCAGCUCCUGAGUGGAGCCAAAUGCGCAUGCGUGACCAGAGCCGCGCGCACAUUCAAACCGGCCAUAGGAAAGCAUUGCUCAGUGCUUUCCUAUGGAGAUCUGAACUUGCGCUGCGUGAGUUCAAUGCGAUUUUCUCACUUAGAAUCGUGGAAGCGCCUCUAGUGGCUGUCAGGGAGAGGCUGAGAGGCUAGAGGCUGGAUUAACCCUGCAAUGUAAACAUAGCAGUUUCUCUGAAACUGCUAUGUUUACAGCUACAGGGUUAAAACUAGAGGGACCUGUUACCCAGACCACUUCAUUGAGUUGAAGUGGUCUGGGUGCCUAUAGUGGUCCUUUAAGCAUAUAAAUAUAUAUAAUUUUUAACUGUGUUUUUUUUAGAACCAGAACCUUAAGUCCAGUAGUAAAAGACUACAUCAAGACUCUCCAAACCAAAAGAAGAAAUCAAACGGGGUCCACAAUCAAUCAGUCAAGCCACAAAAUAGCAAUACAGUAAGCUUAUUCUAUGAUGAUCUUAAUGUCCGAAUAUGAACGUGUUAAGAGGAGAACAUACACCAAUAAAUCUAGGCACAUGCUUUUAGAAUUCCAUUUAAGCAGCUCUGUUGCCUCCUGGGGAAUUUUCAUAUCUUGCGAAGACCUCAGUUGGUGACUGGUCUCUGUGCAUUCUUGUGGCAAUGGCGUACAAGGAAACAUAGUUUUUUUACUUGCCUGACUCUGUUGCUUGUGGGUGCUGCCAUGUUAUUCAUUGAUAUCCUCUUCAGCUCCUGGAACUCAGUGACAACUGAGGGCGUGACAAAGCUUGAUGGAGAUAUCUCCACAUUUUGUCAAAUAUAGGAAAAACAUAUGACAAAGAAGCCCCUAAGUUGUCUUAUGAAGUCUUUUGACUGGGUUGGCAUUUCAGUGAAAUCUCUAUAGAAUUUUUAUAUUUUCAUUUAUAUGGUUUGCAGGGUAAAGCCCAGUAAAGCAUACAAAUGUGUUCACUCUCACAGUGCCGUGUGCACAGUGCAUGUGUCCAUUUGGCAUUGUUGGAGUAAAUGCUACCUGUAUGCACAUGGGACUUCUGCAAUAGAUGCACAAGCGCACAUGCAACCAAGACAACAAGGUACAGUGAUUUUGCUGCAGCACAGAGGUAAAUAAGUGUGUGUAUGAUUUAUUUAUCCAUCAUCUGUUCUAGCGUUAGUGGGGUGAAGGUACAUGGAACUGUCACUUUUCUUGAAAUGAUAGUUCUGAUUUAAAUUUGUAUGACUUAAAGGAACACUAUAGCUUUAGGAAUACGAAUAUGUAUUCCUAACGUUAAAGUGUCCUGCUUGUUGUAUAAGCAGGCAGCCCUCUUUGGAAGGAGCAAAAAAGUGGUUUGGUUACUAUUUCUCCCAUGCUGCUGUGCUCUCUCCGCAGCCAGUCCCACCUCAUUCCCUGAGACCAUCAAUCUUGAAGACCUCGACCAAUCCAAAAUUUUCCCUUAUGAAACCAUUGGGAGGCUAGUGUGCAUCUGAGGCCAAACACAGUGCUGAAUCAAUCAUAUGGUAUCUAUGAGACCCUAGCUUGGCUAUUUCAGAGGAAGUGCCUCUAGUGGCUGUCAGUGUGAAACCCAGCAAAGCAAGCGUUGCCAUUCCUGCAAAACUAGUGUAUUUAGUUGCAGGGUUAAAACGACAUGAUUAUGGUAGUCAAACCAUUUUCUCUCAAUGCCUAUAGUGUGCCUUUAAUGCAUGCUUUGAAUCCACUAUUGGAAGGUAACUUCUAGUUACAUGUGUAAAACUGCAGAACUAAAAACGUAUUUUAUUUUUUAAAAAGCACACACUUGCAUCAGUGGUUUUUAAUAAACUGAAUUCUAAAAACCGUCGUAUAUCGGUAAUCUAUAGAGUUGUGAGAAAGUGCUGUGUGCUUUAUAAGGCAUAGCAUUUUCUUUCCCUGCUCAGCUCACCUCUGAUCAAUGGAUAGAAAUCAUAGCAUGGCCACAGAUCCAUCAAGUUCACUAUAUGGUUUUGACGACUUUCCAAAAUCUCUAAAUCCUGGUGAAUUUCAAAAUAAAUGAAGCUUUGUUCCCUAUCUGUUUAUUUAUCAGUGUGCAUUAUUACAUGUGUAGAGUCAGGAUUACAUAAUUAUUUUCUAGUUUAAUUUGCAUGCAGUUAUGUCAGUCAACUAAAGAAAUACAAAGCAUAGUUGACCAAGCAAAAUGAUGUAUGUGUAGUAUUUUGAUCUAUUUUCCAUGUGAUAACUGGCUUUAUGUUUAUAAAUGCAUUAUUUCUUUAUAGAAAACAGAGAGAAAACUUAACCCCAGAAGACUUAAUGAUACCUUUGACGGGGGUACGUAUGAUGCAAUACCUUAAAUACAUGUUGCUGGCUAACAAGGAAAUCCGUUAAUUGUCUACCUCCUUCUUUGAUUGUAAAGCCCCAUGGACAUUUAUAUUGUUGUCCAUAUUGCCAAGUGUAGCCAAUCUGUUCUUUACAAGGGGUGGAGGAGGGGAGUCUAUUUUCUGUAAGUGGUGUGAUGUAGUCCUCUCCCAUUAUUAUGGUUUUAUGGACUAAACAGAAAACAUAUUUAACAUGUUAUUCUGUUUUCAUAUUGAAAGAUUGCCACACUUUGAGUAACAAUUUGGUUUUGGUAACCACACCAGAAAUGCUGACUUAUUACUCUGUGAUUGUCUGUUAUUUUAUUUAACGUGCACCUUUCAUGGUAAACACAACAAGAUGACAUAUAAUAGGGUAUGUUAACUUGUAGUUUCUUUUGCUGACUGUUUGCCUUGUCCUGUCCCACAGACUCUGUGUUUGAUAACUUCUCCCUCAGUGAAGAGCAGCAGAGUGAUCCCUCUGAAGAUAUGUCUGAUAAUUGUAAUGGAAAUGUUCCAUUCACUUUCUCAUCAAAAGCUUUCCUGAGCUUCCGGUUUGACCGGGAGGCCAUCAUGAAAUCCUGUGACCUCUGACCUGCCAGCAGCUGUACAAGGUUCACAAGUGCUGAGAGCUUAACAAGCCUUAUCUUCCUCAGGUUUUUGUUGGUUUUAAGGACUUGCAGGGUUCACUGAUGGUUUGGACAAGUUAUUUUGUAAGCACAUGUUGUUAUACUUUGUAGCCCUGUUACAUUCAAUUUUCUAUUCUUUUUUUUUUUUUUCCCCUUGCACUGCAUUUUGCAAUAUCACAUUUUUUUACACAGAAUUACCUUUUCAGUGUUCGACUUGACUCUUUUCAUUUUUUUUAUUUUUUACUUUUGACUGUCAGAAGGGGAGGGUGAGAAGUGGAGUGCUUAUGUCUGGCACUCAAAUAAGUUAAUUCAUGUUUAGAGGGCAUUUUCCAGUUUUUUUUAUACUCCCUGAUAUAGAUGUGACCUAAUUAUUUACUGCUUGAAUGUAACCUGCAAUCUGGGGCUUCCUUUUAAGUCAUAUAUCCUUAGCAGAUACUGUGUUCAAAUGCAUCGCACACCAUAAGACAGGAACCUCAUCAGGUUAAAAGGGGUUAAGUUUAUAUUCAGGGCUGGAGAAAUCCCUGUGUCUGUAUAACUCCUCCUGUCUGUUCUCACCAUUUCUGAUAGAAGUGGAUAUUGUUUAAAUGAGGUUUGUAUACAGUGUAUGCCCUGUUCCUAGUAACACUUCAUAUCAAGAUGUGAUCAGAAAAAAAAGUUCUAUUUUACAUUUUUAAAAAUUGGUACAGGUUUGGAAAUGUUAUUUUUAAAUUUGUGAACAUCAUUUUCCUCUUUUGGGAAAAGGAUAAUGAGAUUUCCAGAACUGCAUUUUAAUUUUUCUGGUGUGUUUUGUUCUUUAAUUAACUACAACAAUGGUAAAAGCUGAGUGAGAGUUAGUUGAAGAAUUUUAAAUAUCCCCAGAAAUCAAUCUUGUAUUGAUUAUCAAAAUACAUGGACAUAUCAUCAUCAUCAUCUAUUUUUUUUUUAUUUUUUUUUUACAUUUAAACAAGCAUUCAUAUCACCUUUCAAGCCUACUUUCUCUUUAUCCUAUGCAGUUGUAUGUAGCAGAUAAUUGUCUAUGUACCAAGACAGAUCAUUACAUAUAUAAGCAUGUGUUUGUAUGUUGUUCAUGCUUUCAAUUAAUAAUUAUAAGGCGCUCUGAAUCUAUGAAAUUGUAUGCUUGUCCACCCCACGCCUGGUUUAUUACGCCUUUAAACAUACUGUAAUACACCAGUCACUGGUUUACAUCUAUUCAUAUAGAGAUUCAGUUAUUUUGAUAAGUUAUACACACCAAAAUUGUUGAUUAAAGAUUGCAAGUCCUAAAUGGUUACUCCAUGCACCAUGACCACUUCAUUUAUUUGACAUGGUCAUUGUUCCUAAUGUCUGAAUGUGAAGAGUUUCGCUAUGAAAUGCUGCACAUACAGAAUCUAACCCCUUUGCUGUAACUCCACCUCCUGGAGCAUCAUUGGGGCAUCGUUAGAGUCCCUGGCUUACCGAUGUCAAUUCUGUGCAUAUUUCUAUGAAUAGGGUUGCAUUCAUUAAUGAGUGAGGUCACCAUGAGACUCACAGCCAAUGAAUGGCAACGAGAUCUGCAUCUGGCUUCUGCGACUCUGUCGAAGCAGGAUACACGUCAAUGGCCAUAGAGGACCCUCUGCACAGGGAAGAGACCCAUGUAAGAGGGUAAAAUGGGUUGCCCUAUUACCGGAAAAUGGGACCAGGGUCCUUCUGGCAUCAUAACCACUACAGCAGGCUGUAGUUGCUAUGAUGCUUGGAGCAACCCUUUAAUCAUUACCCUCCGUAACUACUUUGUGUUGUGACAGUGCUGUAAAUCAUGAUAUUUUGUGAGGACCGUGCUUUGAGAUGUGAUCAUUAAAGGGACACUGUUGACAUCAUAAACACUUCCAUGGAUAGAAGUGGUUAUGAUGCCUGUAAUCCAUGGGAGCUGGCUCUCACAGCACUAUUAAAAGGUCUACUCACCGUUUUAGUAGAGAUUCUCAGUCCCCGGCAGCCUGAGGCCUGGCCUCCAAUGACUGUGUGGCAGAGGCAGAACUAUGUUUCUGCCUCACACCAAUUUAUACCUUGGAUGACUGGCUGAGAGCGCUUAUGUGACACACUCACUCUCACAAUCACUGCCAACUAUCUCUGGUAUGGAAUCAAGCAGAGUAUAGCUCCAUUUCCACCAUAUUGUCAUUGGAGGGCAGGCUUCAGGCAGCCAUUGACUGAAAAUUUCUACUAAACAGUGAGUAAAUGUUUAGAAGUGAUGUGGAGCCUAGUGUCCGCUGACUCACUUUCCAUAACCACUUCAAUCCAUUGAAGUGAUUUAUGGUGCUUACUGUGUCCCUUUAAUGCCUUUUAUUAUGGUUCUGACUUAAAUGCUCCAUAGAUUUUAUUAUAACAGCACUGUUUGAAUUUGGAUCUGGCUUACUAAUGGCCUUGAUUUAAUAAGCUUUCCAAAUGACUCAAUGCUAUUAGAAAAUCGUUCCUAAUUAUUUACCUACAGAAGUCCCCAUUAGAGUCUUUGGGAAUUGUUGUAGCUGAAUCAUUUGGAAAGUACUCUAACAAUAUUGACUCAUUUAGAAAGCUUAUUAAAUUGAUGCCUACAUUUGGUUAAAACAAUGGAAGAUCCAUCCCUUGAAAUUUGUUGACAUUUCUUUAGUCUGCUUAUUACUGUGUUUAUGGAUAUAACCCAUGUACACUGGAACUAGACCAACACCUAUGUUUUGUUUUCUAACAGAAAGCAAAACUCUAAUUAGUUGUUCACUAUAAAGUUUGAUCAUGGUGCCGAAUAAGUGGUCUGUUCCAUAUUCGUAUCAUACAGUCCAGCUUUAUCUUCAUUAGAGGCUUUUAGGGUUACUUGCUAAACUGAACUGUAGCAAAUAAAAAUUCAAAUUGCAAAAUUUAGAAUACUAUCAAGUAUGAUAUUUCCAAAUCCGCCUAGAUUUUGCCAUUUAGAUUUCAGUUGGCUAGAGUCGGCAUGUUAUGACGAACCCUGUAAGUGUUAGAUUUACUAAGAUUUGAAAACUGCUCACAGCAGACAGGUGCUCUGUCAAAAGUAAUGAACGGCAAUGAUCUCUUAGUAAGCUGUUCACUAUUCCUUCUGGGGUGUUUGAACGCUAAGAGGGGCUAUCCGCUCUCAGAGCUGGCAGCUACGAGCACUGUAUUGGUUUAAGUGCUGUUUUUGCUGUACAAUGGGAAAACGAACACCUAUUAAUUUGUCUUCAUACUGUGAACUAACACACUGUGCAUUAUUAUGCUGAGGUAUACAUUUCAUUCAAAUACAGUUGUCUUUCCUGCACAUGUUUUUAGUUUGUACUUUGAUUAUUCUUCAGGUUAAACAGUUUUUAGGAUGUUACCAUCACCAAUAAAAAUAUAGAGUCUUGUCUUUAAGUCUCCUACAAUGUGAAUGUCGUCCUGGUCAGAGAGGUCUCUGUAGCACUGAAGAUGGCAAAAAUGUGGAAAUGAAUAGACUUUUUGGUGACCUUUCCUGCUCAUGUGGAUUAUUCUUGCUUCUAUCAUAUUUGUCUGUGUAUAUCUCUUACUGUACACAUUGUACAGUGUGUAUGUAGCCUUUGCAGUGUACCCUAGCUAUGAUAAUCCAUCAUAUCAAGAGGCUGACCUACUCAUCGUUGCUCUGUUGUGUUAAAAUCAUUGCUAUCCUUUGUGUUUCCUACAGCAAAAACUUCAUAACGAAACAGCAAUAAAGGUAAUUUAUUAAAACAUGCUUGAAUUAUUUGAAUCUGGUAUGUUUCGACUAGGAUUUGUUUUUUUAUCUAUUUAUUUUAUAAAUGUCCUCUGUGCGACUCCAGACCGUGUCCCCUUUUUUGGCUUUUGUACAAUUUCUUUUUCUCGCAAGUACUAAGGUUCUAGACACCUGGAUGAGUGUUUGAGUAAAGAUUUGUUUAUUGACCAUAAAGAACAUGCCAGCCAUCAGCUCUUCAUGGGUUAGCAUUGCCAAUGGAGAAUUUAAGCAGCAGUCUGCACAUACCAUUGAUUGAGGCUAUUAUUUGAAAAAUAUGUAAUUUAUGUAAUUUUCAUUGAACUGAGUCUCUCUUUCCAGUUUGAGCAUGGGGACAGCUGGGAUUCUCAAAAAGAUUUUUUUUUUUGGCUACCUCAAAGACCUCCACCCCAUUGAACAUUUAUGUAAUUCAAUGUAUUUCUUUAAUAUUCCAAUUUUGAUUUGGAAUAUGCUUCAAACAGUUAAACAACUAAAAUACAUUGGGAAAGAAUUGUGUCUGAAAAACGUAUAAUUAUAAAGGGAGGAUUACUUAGUGAUGGCUAAAUAUUUUUUGAGGUGUGUUUUAAGGAUACCAAGGAUAUAUAGUUUAGUUUAAGGAUGAUAAGACUUGUCUAUUAAAGGGGAUAUGUCUCUUCAAUUGUUUUUAAUGAUGUGUACUAAUCCCUAUUAGUAAGAAAUAUGUAUUUGUGAGGUGUGAAAAAUACAAUUUAAAUGUAGAAAUCCACGCCACUUGGGCUCCUCCAUCUUCGCUCUAUGUCAAUGAUUGUUAGACGCUUUGUCUUGCAUCUGGCAAAUAAUAUAGGGAAAUAAUACAGGGAAGAUGCGGGGAUGUUUAUCAAUGUGUUCUGAAAAGUGACAAAUGCUGUCAUUAUUUUCAUUAUUUCACACUAUAGUCACCAGAACAACUACAGCUAAAUGUAGUUCUGGUAAAAAUAGUUGGUCCUUGCAGGCUUUUUGCUGUAAACACUUUUUUUUUUCUUUCAGAAAAAAUGCAUUGUUUACAUUAAAGCCUAGGAGCACCUCUUGUGGCCACUCCUCAGACGGCCCCUAAAGGUGCUUUCUGCAUCAGUGUGCAGCACUGACGUUCAGCAUGGAGACACUAAGCUUUCACCAUAGAGAAGCAUUGAUUCAAUGCAUCUCUGAGGAGAUGCUGACUGGCCAGGGUGGUGUUUGGCUCCGCCCCUGCGCUGCCUCUUUGGCUGAGAUUAUCAGAAUUGACUAUCUCAGCCAAUUUCCUAUGGGAAAGCAUUGUGAAGCAAGGUAGCAGAUCGGGGGCAGACCCGUGCGGCGCUGGAAAUAAGGAGAGUUUGAACCCUUUUUAAGGGGGCUGUGGACCUAAAUGAUGUUUUAACACUACAGGUUCAGGAAUACAUGUUUGUGUUCUAAAAGUGAUCUGAAAAGUGACAGUUUUUUUUAAAUAGUGAAUUCUGCCAGUUUUCACAGAAAUAUUAAUUUCAAAAGGCAAAUAAAAUUUGAGUGGCUUCCAUUAAGCAUUCAAAUCUAUUCAAAUAUACACGCAAUGAAAAAACAUGUAUGAAUUGCAGGUGUAUUUACUAAACCGUGAUUUCUAUUUUAUGUUUUCUCUGCCAUAGUUGUUUUAUAAAAAAUAUUCGGGAAAUGAAAAGCUUUAGACAGUAUAUAGUGUACCUUAUCUUUCAAUAAUAAAGUAUAAAUGAGGGUGAGGAAGGAUCUAUAGAUUUCAUACUGCAAAAUACAUGACAAUAAAAACAAUUUGUACUAAAUUCUUAUAUUCAAGAAGUUAAAGGAAUACUCUAAGGUUACAAAAAUAAAUUUGUAUCCGAACAGGAUUUCUUUUAUUGCUUCUAGGCUAUAUUCACCCCUUUAACAAAUUAAGGACACGUGGAGGAAAUUUUCCACCGUCCCUAAGGGGUUCAAAAAAUAAAAAAAAAUAAAAACUGCAAACCUCCCUCCAUAGAUGUUGGUGGAAUAUGUCUCUUUCUGUGUUGCGGUAAUAUUUUUCCCCAUGUCAAUUUCAACUGUCUUCAAAUUAAAGGGUUUUUUUUUGUAUUCUAUAUUUUGGGGGGUUUGAACUGUUUGCACUCGGACUUAAUAUCCUGUAGUAAGUGUAGAAAAUAUUUAUAAAGUAUUUGUGAGGUGUUCACACAGUCAUGUGAUGUAAUAUCAGGCAAUGAUAAGUCCUAUUAUCAUUAGAGGUUAUUUAUUUUAGUGUGUUAAAACCUCCCUCACGUGCACUGAAGUGUUAACGUUUGUUCCUCCUGGGACUAUUGUAGUUUGGCCACUUUCUUUAAAGAACACUUCAAGUAAUAUACAGGAUUUUUUUGUAGGAGAACUCUCCAUGUAGUAUCUCAGUAUAGAAGAAGGGGAGGGGUAUUUUUUAGAAGGUUUCAACAGCUCAUAUUAUGGGAAAAUCCUGUGUACAUGAAUGUAACCCUGCUGUGAGAUUGAUUUAGAUACCAAAGAAAACUUUGAUUAUUUGUCUCUCCUUUCUAAAUUGAUUGUGCGCAUGUCUUCUGGAAGUAAAUCACACCGGACACAUUGCAGGUUUAUGAAGAACUCCAGAGUAGCCUUUAUUCCAGGGGGUGCAAUUCCCUUUUAAAGCAGAAAUACGUCAUGUACAGAGUCACAGUUAACCUACAAUAUACAUUCAUCAAUCACAUUCAUCAAUAUACAUUCAGAAUUCACCCAGACACAGACUAUUUACACAUAUUUAUUUUAUACAAGUAUUUAUCUGCUGUAGAGAAACUGGACCACCAGCAGACGGUGACACCUAUCAUGUCUCUGAGUAAUCAUGAUACAUUUUUCAAGCUUCAGGCAUAUGAAGCAGAAGGAGAACUGGGGAAUACUGGAAGGGGAGGAGCAAAGCACAAGUUAGGAUGUACCUGCAUCUCUCGGUAGUGGUGGCUUUUUAUAGACUGCCACCAUACUACGCCUUAUCUAGGAAAGCUAUCAGUGUAUAUAUUGCUGCCCUUUUAACAAUAUAUGCAUGGUUAUUUUAUUCCAUUUAGGAUACUCUGGUACUCUGUACAUGGAUUUGGCAAAAUACAAUUAAUGUUGUAAAAAGAAUGACUUGACAUAGGCAUAGUUUAAGCCUGGACCUCAAAGUGGGACCCCAGUUUUUAUAGACUGACAACUUCAAUGCUUCAUUGCCAGCUUUAAGUCUGGGAAAGCUUCACAGGAGGUUUUUACAACAAUUGGGGUUCUGCCUUUUGGUCACUUCACAUUUAAACAUUCAUUCUGGUAUGUAUGCUAUACCAAUCGCCUUAUACAUUGCCACUAAUACAUAUUUUAUGUUUCUAUUACUGUGGAUUAGCUUUAUGACAAUCACUAGGAUGCACUGCUAUUUCAUAUAAAAAUCACUUACCCCUUGUUAAUAAUAUGUUGGGAAGAUUGACAAAUGUAUGUGUAUAUUGUAAUCCAAUAAAACAAGUACCAUCAUUAA